CUUUCGUAGCCGGCCCCGGGGCAGUCCGUCGGCUCCGGUCGGCCUCAUUACUCCGGGAAGAGCCGGGGCUACGGCCGCGAGGGAUCUUAGGAGGGAUCCUAGGACAUCUGAAGAGCUUGCCAUGUCUGCGGAUUUUACAUCUUCCUCAGAACAGAACAGCAGCCAUGAAACCAAAACCCCGAAUCUCCGAACAGCUGAAAAGAAAUGUUCAUGGGCCUCCUAUAUGACCAACUCCCCAACUCUCAUCGUCAUGAUUGGCUUGCCAGCCCGGGGCAAAACUUAUGUGUCCAAGAAACUCACACGCUACCUCAACUGGAUUGGGGUGCCCACCAAAGUGUUUAAUCUUGGGGUGUAUCGGCGCGAAGCAGUCAAGUCCUAUAAGUCCUAUGACUUCUUCCGGCAUGACAACGAGGAGGCCAUGAAGAUCCGCAAACAGUGUGCUCUCGUGGCACUGGAAGAUGUUAAGGGGUAUCUCACCGAGGAGAGUGGGCAGAUUGCGGUGUUUGAUGCCACCAAUACCACCCGGGAGAGAAGGGACAUGAUUUUGAACUUUGCAAAGGAAAAUUCCUUCAAGGUAUUCUUUGUGGAAUCUGUCUGUGAUGACCCUGAUGUCAUUGCUGCCAACAUCCUGGAGGUAAAGGUGUCGAGCCCUGACUAUCCUGAAAGGAACAGAGAGAACGUAAUGGAGGACUUCCUGAAAAGAAUUGAGUGCUACAAAGUCACCUAUCAGCCCUUGGACCCAGACAACUAUGACAAGGAUCUUUCUUUCAUCAAGGUGAUAAACGUGGGCCAGCGAUUUUUAGUGAACCGAGUCCAAGACUACAUCCAGAGCAAGAUAGUCUACUACCUCAUGAAUAUCCAUGUCCAGCCUCGCACCAUUUACCUUUGCCGGCAUGGGGAGAGCGAGUUCAAUCUCUUGGGGAAGAUUGGGGGUGACUCUGGCCUCUCAGUGCGCGGGAAGCAGUUUGCCCAGGCUCUAAGGAAGUUUCUUGAGGAACAGGAGAUAGUGGACCUCAAAGUGUGGACAAGCCAGUUGAAGAGGACAAUCCAGACUGCUGAAUCCCUGGGGGUGACCUAUGAGCAGUGGAAGAUUCUGAACGAGAUCGAUGCUGGCGUGUGUGAGGAGAUGACCUAUGCAGAGAUUGAGAAGCAGUACCCAGAAGAAUUCGCUCUUCGAGAUCAGGAGAAAUACCUGUACCGGUACCCCGGUGGGGAGUCGUACCAGGACCUGGUGCAGCGGCUGGAGCCUGUCAUCAUGGAGCUGGAGCGUCAGGGCAAUGUCCUUGUUAUCUCCCACCAAGCUGUCAUGCGCUGCCUCCUGGCCUACUUCUUGGAUAAGAGUGCAGAUGAGCUACCAUACUUGAGGUGCCCUCUCCAUACCAUCUUCAAACUUACUCCAGUGGCCUAUGGGUGCAAAGUGGAAACAGUUAAACUUCAUGUGGAGGCUGUGAACACUCACCGCGACAAGCCAACUGCAGAGGCUAAGCUGGCCAUGCAGAGGCACUCCGCCUCGGCACCCCUCACACUGCACUGCUGAUGAUAUGGAGGCUGAGGCAGGACCUCUCCGGGGAACUGGGAUCUACUGAAAAGCUUGGGACACCAGCUCCACAGGGGCUAGAACAGGAAGUUAAUGGGGGAUUGGACGUUUGGGGCCACAAGAACAAGGCCUGGAAAACGUCACCACAUUUCUUCCCCCAGUGUCUAAUGGGAAUAUCAGUUACACUGAAAGACUUAACUUCCCUGUACCUCGAAACCUUUAAUAGCUUGAACCAGUUAGUUUUUAUUAUCUCUUUGUUGGGUUUGGCCCAAGGUGGCCAAUCUUACUCUCCUUAGGCAUUUUUCAUCCUCCCUGUGAUAGCCUGUGUUCCCUGGUGGCUGUUUGCCGAAAGUGCAAAUGCAUCUCUUCACAUUCAGUUGUUUCCAAGUGAGAGGGCUGAACUCCAGAAAGCUUUUCUGUGGAGUAAGAGCUGGUCUCUACUCUGCACCCAUUCCAGGCAAACAGGCUAGAGUCCAACGUACAUACGUUAGCAGUCACCUUUUGCCACAUUGGAAACGAGACAGAUUUCACUAGAUGAAUGGAGGGUAUCUGAGACAUUCUCCUCCCUAACACUUCUCUUCUGCAGUGAUGGAAGAGCUGUCGGAAUAGCAGCCUUUCCAUUUAGAGAAGUUUUUCUCUUCCAGGCCCCUCGAAGGCCGGAUGUGACUGCAAAACUCCUCAAAAUGGGUACCCAUCUUCUAAGUUCUCUUUGGUAGCUACUGUAUUUUCUACCUGAUGUUGUGUGCCUCAUAGCUGAAGAGGGUUAAUGUGAUUCUCCCAGGUGGUUGGGAAUGAGGGCUGGAGAGAAAAGUAGAGUGUCAUUUAUAUCACAUGAAAAAGUAAAGAAGGUUCCUUGGGAUUCAGCUUCACCAGGGAUUUCUUUUGGCUUCAGAACACGUGAGUGGUGACAUGCCCUUCCGCAGGGUCUGUCACUGAUGCUAUCUCUAAGAAGGCUGUGGCUGUGGAUUCAAAAACAGCCAGUCUGAUGCCUACCUCCCAGCUAGUUGUCGCUGUUGUGGUCAGCUAGCCUCUGGGGUAAAACCGGGGAAUAGGGGAGAGCUUAGCCCUCAGUGCAUUAGUCAUUUGGUUUCCCUUUAAGGAAAACCAGAUAACAAUUCCCUAGAUCAGUGAUUGUCAAAUGUACCAAUACAUCUGUGUAAAUGUGAUUGUAAUGUGUCACUACUCACUCCUGAAGGAGGACGUGGGAGCCCCAAAGCAAAAUCUUUUUUUUCGCCUCUUACAGGCCCAGUUGCUGGGCAGGAGGGUGAGUAGCAAGAAAAGUAAUGAAAAGCAGCUUUUCUCAAAUGGUUCUUUUACACGGUGGACGAUCCAGGGCUCUGUUACCCAGGAUGUGAUGAGCUGGGCUGCAGGCGGUUCAGCAUCCAGCAGCUAGGAGCUUAUUUUAUACACACAAAGCUACCUUCAGACAGGCUCCUGCCUCUGCUCUAUAGCAGAUGAUUUUCAUCUGGCUGCUUGUAGCAUGCUGUACUGUAAUGAUUUUGUUCUUGUGGUGCGGGUUUCUGCACCAAAAUAUACUGUCUUGAUUAUCAGAUGUUUUUAUUUAGUUAUUUAUUCCAUCCAUAAAAGGCAUUUUUAAGUUUCCAUAUUAAUGUUUGCAUGUAUUUAAUUAGAAUGUUAUGUAAUUUGUUGUCAUUGUUUGGUAGAAAUUAGGUAGAUUGAUGUUUUAAGUCUAAUAUCCAUAGUAUUACUUUAAAUUUCCGUAAUAUAGGUAUCUGUCUUUUUUAGAAGGAUAAUAACUAUGUUAUGGCACAGUGGACUUCUUUUGAAUACUUUUUUUCUCAUUGAUUUUUAUUAUAAGUGUAAAUCAAGAGAUGCAUUUCUCCAGAGAAAAGUCUAUCUCCUGGAUAUAAUAAAACCGU